AUGGAACCGAUUUGCGAUCGAAUCGAAACUCUUCUGCAAAGCGACGGCUAUUUGCGUCUUCACGAGAAUGAGAUCAGAAGACGGUUUCGCGAAUUGACGCGAAUCGUCGCCGAGAUCGAGACUUCUGAGGGUUUGGACGCUUUCACGCGCAGUUACGAGAAGUACGGGAUUCACGUGAACGCCGACCACUCGGUCACGUGUCUGCAGUGGUGUCCGAACGCGCGCGCGUUGUAUCUGCGCGGCGACUUCAACCAAUGGCAGAUGAAGACGCACGCGUUCGAGCGUUUGGAGCACGGCAAGUGGAAGUUGGAGAUCGCGGCGGUGGACGGCGCGCCCGCCAUCGCGCACCUGUCCAAAGUGAAGCUGGUGGUGGAGACGCCGUCGGGGGAACUGCUGGACAGGUUGGACCCGUGGGCCACAUACGUGGUGCAGCCGCCGCGCGACUCCGGCAACACUCUGUUCGAUCACGUGUUCUGGAAUCCCGCGCAGAAGCACGUGUUCAAACACGCGAAACCGGCGGCGCCGCGCAACCUGCGCAUCUACGAGAGUCACGUGGGCAUCGCGUCGGCCGACUACAAAGUGGCCACUUAUCGGGAGUUCGCGGACAACAUAGUGCCGCGGAUCGCGCGCCAGGGCUACAACGCCAUACAACUGAUGGCCAUCCAGGAGCAUGCGUACUACGCGUCCUUCGGCUAUCAGGUGACGUCAUUCUUCGCCGCGUCCUCGCGCUACGGCUCGCCCGAAGACCUCAAGUACCUGAUCGACAGAGCGCAUGCGCUCGGCCUGUACACGCUGCUGGACAUCGUGCACUCGCACGCCUCGAAGAACGUGUUGGACGGCCUGAACGAGUUCGACGGCACGAACGGCGGUUAUUUCCACUCCUCGUCGCGCGGCUUCCACUCCCAAUGGGACUCUCGGCUGUUCGACUUCACGCAAUGGGAGACGAAGCGCUUUCUGCUCUCGAACCUCCGUUUCUACUUGAAUGAAUACCAGUUCGACGGCUUCCGCUUCGACGGCGUGACGUCAUUAUUGUAUCACUCGCACGGAAUCACUGACGGCUUCUCCGGCGACUACAACGAGUACUUCGGUCUCAACACCGACACCGAGUCCUUCAACUACCUGCAACUGGCCAAUCACGUGAUCCACCGCUUCCACCCCAACGCCACGACCAUCGCGGAGGACGUGUCGGGAAUGCCGGCGCUGUGUCGCCCCGUGGAGGAGGGGGGCGGGGGGUUCGACCUGCGCCUGGGCAUGGCCAUUCCCGACCUGUGGAUCAAGAUGCUGAAGCACCAGCGCGACGAGGACUGGGAUCUGGAGCUGAUUGUGCACACGCUGACCAAUAGGCGCUGGCAGGAGCGGACGGUGGCGUACGCCGAGAGCCACGACCAGGCGCUCGUCGGCGACAAGACGCUCGCCUUCUGGCUCAUGGACAAAGAGAUGUACGACUUCAUGUCACGUGUGUCUCCGCUCACGCCAAUCAUCGACCGCGGCCUCGCGCUCCACAAGAUGAUCCGUCUGCUGACGCACGCGCUCGGCAAGUGCGGGGAGGCGUGGCUCAACUUCAUGGGCAACGAGUUCGGCCAUCCCGAGUGGCUGGACUUCCCGCGCGUCGGCAACCAAGAGUCUUAUCAUCACGCGCGCCGCCAGUGGCAUCUGGUGGACGACUCGCAACUCAGAUAUUCAUUGUUGAACGCUUUCGACGCGGAAAUGAAUUUCUGCGAACAGAAACUCCAAUGGCUGUCGUCUUCGGGAGGCUGGGUGUCGACCAAACACCAGGAGGACAAAGUGGUGGUGUUCGAGAGGAACGGCGCGCUCUUCGUGUUCAACUUCCAUCACGAGAAGUCGUUCCCCGACUACCGCGUCGGUUGCCAUGACAGCGGCGUCUACCAGGUGGCGCUCAACUCGGACGAGCAGCGCUUCGGCGGCCACGACCGCGUCUCCAUGGAAACCCGGUUCCACACGUCGGGCCAGGAGUUCAACGGACGGCGCGAUUCCCUCUUAGUCUAUAUUCCUUCGCGCGUCGCUCUCGUGUUGGCGCGCGUCCAAUGA